GCCCAGAGACUUGCCUUUUCUCUCCAGCUGCUCUGGAAGAAGGGGUUUCCCCAGCUGCUCCUGAACAAGGGGUGUCUCCCAGGAGGGCCUGCGCUCCUGACCUCGUCUGGGCCUCAUCACCCAUUGGGAAGAUUCCGGCUGCUUGGACAGCUCCAAGGACAACUGUCUCGGUCCCUCCCUGGGGGGGCUGUUAAGGUACCUUGCCCAGCCCCCUGGUGCCAGUGCCUUGGUCUUUCCAGAGCUGUGGGGUCUUGGUGUCCGUGGGCAUGUAGAAGGUUCCAGUCCGACCUCCCGCCGCACCUUGUGGGAAGCCCCAAGCCACGACACCUUGCACCCAGCCUGCCCUCUGCCCAGAGCCACUGGAGAUGAGCAGCGCGACCAGUGCUCCAUAAAGGGACAAACCUGCCACCAUCACCUGCCCCUCAGCCCUCCUCCUGCCACCUGUUUCAUGGAUCAUUCCCAGAUGUGAAGGUUCCUUGCUGGCCGGGCACCACUGUAGUCACACCAACAUCUGGGAGCUUGAAGCCCCUAGUUCAGUGGGGCGUUGGCCCACCUGCCUGUGGCCAAGGCUGCCAGGUCCCUCGGAGUGACUCAGUGGCCGGUGUGGGUGAGCCCUGCUAGUCCUGACCCCAGCCCCUUGUCUUUACCAUCUACACACGUAUUUGCCGCUGGACGCCUGGUCUCCCCCCUGCUCACCACCUUGGCCCCCACGACUCCCCAGCUCCAAAAUGGCAGCUGAGACCCUCAACUUUGGGCCCGAGUGGCUGCGGGCCCUGUCCGGUGGCAGUGUGGCCUCCCCGCCUCCGUCCCCCGCCAUGCCCAAGUAUAAGUUGGCCGACUACCGCUAUGGCCGGGAGGAGAUGCUCGCCCUCUACAUCAAGGAGCACAAGAUUCCUGAGGAACUACAGGACAAGGAGUUUGCUGCAGUACUGCAAGAGGAACCACUGCAGCCACUGGCACUGGAACCGCUGACCGAGGAGGAGCAAAGGAACUUCUCCCUGUCAGUGAAUAGUGUGGCUGUGCUGAGGCUGAUGGGGAAAGGGGCUGGGACCCCCCUGACCAGCACAUCCCGGGGCAGGGUCAGCGCUCGGAGUCGAGGCCGUGGCCGCGGGGAUAGCUGCUUUUACCAAAGAAGCAUUGAAGAGGGUGAAGGGGCCUUCGGCAGGAACCCCCGGGAGAUCCAGCGCAGCCAGAGUUGGGAUGACAGAGGCGAGAGGAGAUUUGAGAAACCAGCACGGAGGGAAGGAGCACGCUCCAGCUUUGAGGAGAGCGGGACUGGCCCACGGAAGGAGCACGCGCGCUCAGACAGCGAGAAUUGGCGUUCUCUGCGUGAGGAGCAGGAGGGCGGCGAUGAGGGCAGUUGGAGGCUGGGGGCUGCCCCCCGGCGCGAUGCUGAUCGCUGGCGCUCAGCCAGCCCUGAUGGUGGCCCUCGCUCUGCAGGCUGGCGGGAGCAUGGAGAACGGCGUCGCAAGUUUGACUUUGACCUGCGAGGGGAUCGAGGCGGGUGUGGGGACGAGGAGGGCCGGGCCGGGCCAGGCGGGGCUCCCUCCCGGAGGGGCCCUGGACCUGAUGGCUUCGAGGAGGACAAGGAUGGGCUCCCUGAGUGGUGCCUGGAUGAUGAGGAUGAGGAGAUGGGCACCUUUGAUGCCUCGGGGGCCUUCCUGCCCCUCAAGAAGGGCCCCAAGGAGCCCAUUCCUGAGGAGCAGGACCUGGACUUCCAGGGGCUGGAAGAGGAGGAGGAGGAACCCCCGGAAGCACCGGAGCAGGAGGGGCCUGAGGCGGGGGUGAAGGCACCGAGCCCGCUGCCAUCACAAGAAGAGCAGCCUGGCCCGACGUCCCCACUACCUGCCUUAGGCCCACUCUGGGGAACCCCCGGGGAAGGCGACAACACUGUGGAGAAGGACCGGCCAGCAGCUGAAGCGGACGACAUGAGGCAGGUACAGCUCAGUCCAGCUGUGGGUUCACCCUCAGGUCCUCCUGGGGAUCUGGAGGACGAUGAAGGUCUGAAGCGCCUGCAGCAGGAGGCCGAGAAGCUGGUGGCCUCCUUGCAGGACAGCUGCCUGGAGGAGGAGCGCUUCACCGCCGCCAUGCAGGCCCCUGGCCUGCGCCACUCAGCGGUUGCCACUGCCCUGCCCCUCAGCCAUGGCGCGGCCCGGAAGUGGUUCUACAAGGACCCACAGGGUGAAAUCCAAGGCCCCUUCACCACGCAGGAGAUGGCCGAAUGGUUCCAGGCUGGCUACUUUUCCAUGGCACUGCUGGUGAAGCGUGGCUGUGAUGAGGGCUUCCAGCCCCUGGGCGAAGUGAUCAAGAUGUGGGGCCGUGUGCCCUUUGCCCCAGGGCCCUCGCCACCCCCACUGCUGGGAAAUCUGGACCAGGAGCGACUGAAGAAGCAGCAGGAGCUGGCGGCUGCUGCCUUGUACCAGCAGCUGCAGCAUCAGCAGUUCCUGCAGCUGGUCAACAGCCGCCAGCUCCCGCAGUGCGGGAUCCGGGAGAAGGCAGUCCUGGGAGACCUGACGCCACCACAGUUGGCCACCUUCCUGCAGCAGCUCCAAGCGCUGAAAUCCCCCAGAGGUGGGGACCAGAACCUGCUCCCAACCAUAAACCGCUCCUUGUCGGUGCCGGAUUCCACCCCCCUCUGGGACUUACAUACCUCAGCCUCAUCGCCAUCAGGCGGUGAGGCCAGUCUUUGGGACAUACCAGUUAACUCUUCGACUCAGGGUCCGAUUCUGGAACAGCUCCAGCUGCAACUCAAAUUCCAGGAGCGCCGGGAGGUGGAACUCAGGGCGAAGCGGGAGGAGGAGGAGCGCAAGCGGCGGCAGCAGCAACAGCAGCAGCAGGAGGAGGAGGGUUUGUUUCGGCGCAAGCAGGUGCGGCACCAGGAGCUGCUGUUGAAGCUGCUGCAGCAACAGGCACCCCCCACACCCCCUACGCCGGGCUCCCCACCACCACUCUGGGCUGGCCUCACCAAGCAGGGCCUGUCCAUGAAGGCGCUGCUGGAGCACAAGCCGCCCCCGACCCGUGAGCCCACGCGUACCCAGGCUCCCAACCACCGCGUGCAGCUGGGGAGCUUGAGCACCGCACCACUGAACCAAUGGGUGUCUGAGACGGGGCCGCUGUGGGGUGCGCCCGACAAGAGUGGUGGCAGCAGCAGUGGCCUAACACUCUGGGAGGACACGGUCAAGAGCAGUGGCCGGAGCCUGGGCCUGAAGAACAGCCGCAGCAGCCCCUCCCUCAGUGACUCGUACCCACACCUGUCGGGCCGGCCUGUGCGCAGGAAGACGGAGGAGGAGGAGAAGCUGCUGAAGCUACUCCAGGGCAUUCCCCGGCCCCAGGACGGCUUCACGCAGUGGUGCGAGCAGAUGCUGCACACGCUGAGCGCCACGGGCAGCCUGGAUGUGCCCAUGGCUGUGGCGAUCCUAAAGGAGGUAGAAUCCCCCUAUGACGUCCACGACUAUAUCCGUUCCUGCCUGGGGGACACGCUGGAAGCCAAAGAAUUUGCCAAACAGUUCCUGGAGCGGAGGGCCAAGCAGAAAGCCAGCCAGCAGCGGCAGCAGCAGCAGGAGGCGUGGCUGAGUGGGCCCCUGCAGGCUGCCUUCCCUACCAACCACAGCGCCAAACUUGGUCCUGGCCCUGGCCCGGGCCCCGGGGAGGGCAGCAAGGCCAAGAGAAGGGCGCUGAUGCUGCACUCGGACCCCAGCAUCCUGGGGUACUCCCUGCAUGGACCUUCCGGUGAGAUCGAGAGCGUGGAUGACUACUGAGCAGCCCGACUACCAGCUGGGCUGUGCGCCCCAGGGCCAGCGCCCGGAGUGUCAGAGAAAGCGGGGGGCCGGGUCCCCAGCACUUGUUACAAACCACAGAUGCACCUUAACUCACCCACCACGAGGCACUUUACAGACUGGG